AUGAAUUCUGUUUUGAAUAAUAUGGAUGCUUUAAAUCGUUCUUUGGAAAGUUCAGUUGCUGUUGGUAAAGAAUUCAGUUCAAGUGCUGAUUUAUGGCGUAAUUUUUAUGAUGGUAUGCAAGUAAUGGAAGAAUUAAAACAUGGUCAAAAUGAAUUCCAAGAAAAUGAACAAGCUGGUGAACAACCUGGCGAACAACCUGAAGGUGAAGGUCAAGAUCAAGGUGCUGAUGAACCACAAUCUCAAGAUCAAGAUGUUGAUAUGAAUCCUCCACCAACAGAUUCAAUAAAUGGUGAUCAAGAUGCAGUAGCUACUCAAGAAGAUACCCAGGAAGAUUCACAACAAAAUUGA